AUGUUCGGCGUCGCGGGUGCUCCGGCAACGCGAGAGCAGUACUUGGAUGAUUGGGAAGAAGAUCUGUACGAGCGCUCAGAGGAUCUGUACAAGCGCGAACAGAAAGUGACCGGGCGCGAGAUGGCACUUGCAUUCGCCAAAGAGCAGGUGGAGGAUCUGGAGAUGCAGAUACUGCGGGAGCGUAUGGCACGUUUGGACGCAGAAGUCCGGGGGAUCAGACUGAAGCAGGAAUUGCUCGAAUGUGCGGUCGAAGAAGAGAUGUCCGGACGACCGACGGGUUUCUUAUCAUCAGCAACCGUCGGACUCGUUCAUCGGUUUCGAAACGAGCCCCGGUGGCGUGCAAGAGGGACAACAGGAGCAAGGGGAUUGA